AUGGUAAAGACUACGGAGGCUCUGGACCUCAAUCCAUAUAACAGUGAUCCUUAUGCAACGACAACAAUAGUGCAGUGUAAAAGUAAUGAUAAAGUAGUCUGGGCACAACCUGGUCAUACACCAGUCCUUCCAAAGACACCUGUCCAUCCAAAGACACCUGUCCAUCCAAAGACACCUGUCCUUCCAAAGACACCUGUCCAUCCAAAGACACCUGUCCUUCCAAAGACACCAGUCCUUCCAAAGACACCUGUCCAUCCAAAGACACCUGUCCAUCCAAAGACACCUGUCCUUCCAAAGACCAGUCCUUCCAAAGACACCUGUCCUUCCAAAGACACCUGUCCUUCCAAAGACACCAGUCCUUCCAAAGACACCUGUCCUUCCAAAGACACCUGUCCUUCCAAAGACAUCUGUCCUUCCAAAGACACCUGUCCAUCCAAAGACACCUGUCCUUCCAAAGACCAGUCCUUCCAAAGACACCUGUCCAUCCAAAGACACCUGUCCUUCCAAAGACCAGUCCUUCCAAAGACACCUGUCCAUCCAAAGACACCUGUCCUUCCAAAGACCAGUCCUUCCAAAGACACCUGUCCAUCCAAAGACACCUGUCCUUCCAAAGACCUGUCCUUCCAAAGACCAGUCCUUCCAAAGACACCUGUCCUUCCAAAGACACCAGUCCUUCCAAAGACACCUGUCCAUCCAAAGACACCUGUCCAUCCAAAGACACCUGUCCUUCCAAAGACCAGUCCUUCCAAAGACACCUGUCCUUCCAAAGACACCUGUCCUUCCAAAGACACCAGUCCUUCCAAAGACACCUGUCCUUCCAAAGACACCUGUCCUUCCAAAGACACCUGUCCUUCCAAAGACACCUGUCCUUCCAAAGACAUCUGUCCUUCCAAAGACACCUGUCCAUCCAAAGACACCUGUCCUUCCAAAGACCAGUCCUUCCAAAGACACCUGUCCUUCCAAAGACACCUGUCCUUCCAAAGACACCAGUCCUUCCAAAGACACCUGUCCAUCCAAAGACACCUGUCCAUCCAAAGACACCUGUCCUUCCAAAGACCAGUCCUUCCAAAGACACCUGUCCUUCCAAAGACACCUGUCCUUCCAAAGACACCUGUCCUUCCAAAGACCAGUCCUUCCAAAGACACCUGUCCUUCCAAAGACACCUGUCCUUCCAAAGACACCUGUCCUUCCAAAGACAUCUGUCCUUCCAAAGACACCUGUCCUUCCAAAGACACCUGUCCUUCCAAAGACACCUGUCCUUCCAAAGACAUCUGUCCUUCCAAAGACCAGUCCUUCCAAAAACACCUGUCCUUCCAAAGACACCUGUCCUUCCAAAGACACCUGUCCUUCCAAAGACAUCUGUCCUUCCAAAGACACCUGUCCAUCCAAAGACACCUGUCCUUCCAAAGACCAGUCCUUCCAAAGACACCUGUCCAUCCAAAGACACCUGUCCUUCCAAAGACCAGUCCUUCCAAAGACACCUGUCCAUCCAAAGACACCUGUCCUUCCAAAGACCAGUCCUUCCAAAGACCAGUCCUUCCAAAGACACCUGUCCAUCCAAAGACACCUGUCCUUCCAAAGACCUGUCCUUCCAAAGACCAGUCCUUCCAAAGACACCUGUCCUUCCAAAGACACCAGUCCUUCCAAAGACACCUGUCCAUCCAAAGACACCUGUCCAUCCAAAGACACCUGUCCUUCCAAAGACCAGUCCUUCCAAAGACACCUGUCCUUCCAAAGACACCUGUCCUUCCAAAGACACCAGUCCUUCCAAAGACACCUGUCCUUCCAAAGACACCUGUCCUUCCAAAGACACCUGUCCUUCCAAAGACACCUGUCCUUCCAAAGACAUCUGUCCUUCCAAAGACACCUGUCCAUCCAAAGACACCUGUCCUUCCAAAGACCAGUCCUUCCAAAGACACCUGUCCUUCCAAAGACACCUGUCCUUCCAAAGACACCAGUCCUUCCAAAGACACCUGUCCAUCCAAAGACACCUGUCCAUCCAAAGACACCUGUCCUUCCAAAGACCAGUCCUUCCAAAGACACCUGUCCUUCCAAAGACACCUGUCCUUCCAAAGACACCUGUCCUUCCAAAGACCAGUCCUUCCAAAGACACCUGUCCUUCCAAAGACACCUGUCCUUCCAAAGACAUCUGUCCUUCCAAAGACACCUGUCCUUCCAAAGACACCUGUCCUUCCAAAGACACCUGUCCUUCCAAAGACACCUGUCCAUCCAAAGACACCUGUCCUUCCAAAGACCAGUCCUUCCAAAGACACCUGUCCAUCCAAAGACACCUGUCCUUCCAAAGACCAGUCCUUCCAAAGACACCUGUCCAUCCAAAGACACCUGUCCUUCCAAAGACCAGUCCUUCCAAAGACACCUGUCCUUCCAAAGACCAGUCCUUCCAAAGACACCUGUCCAUCCAAAGACACCUGUCCUUCCAAAGACCUGUCCUUCCAAAGACCAGUCCUUCCAAAGACACCUGUCCUUCCAAAGACACCAGUCCUUCCAAAGACACCUGUCCAUCCAAAGACACCUGUCCAUCCAAAGACACCUGUCCUUCCAAAGACCAGUCCUUCCAAAGACACCUGUCCUUCCAAAGACACCUGUCCUUCCAAAGACACCAGUCCUUCCAAAGACACCUGUCCUUCCAAAGACACCUGUCCUUCCAAAGACACCUGUCCUUCCAAAGACACCUGUCCUUCCAAAGACAUCUGUCCUUCCAAAGACACCUGUCCAUCCAAAGACACCUGUCCUUCCAAAGACCAGUCCUUCCAAAGACACCUGUCCUUCCAAAGACACCUGUCCUUCCAAAGACACCAGUCCUUCCAAAGACACCUGUCCAUCCAAAGACACCUGUCCAUCCAAAGACACCUGUCCUUCCAAAGACCAGUCCUUCCAAAGACACCUGUCCUUCCAAAGACACCUGUCCUUCCAAAGACACCUGUCCUUCCAAAGACCAGUCCUUCCAAAGACACCUGUCCUUCCAAAGACACCUGUCCUUCCAAAGACAUCUGUCCUUCCAAAGACACCUGUCCUUCCAAAGACACCUGUCCUUCCAAAGACACCUGUCCUUCCAAAGACAUCUGUCCUUCCAAAGACCAGUCCUUCCAAAAACACCUGUCCUUCCAAAGACACCUGUCCUUCCAAAGACAUCUGUCCUUCCAAAGACACCUGUCCUUCCAAAGACACCUGUCCAUCCUUCCAGACACCUGUCCAUCCGAAAGAGUCCUUCCAAAGAUUCCAGGCCUACCCAAGACCCAAGGAAUCCCAGUAACCUGA